CUCUGCAGGCAUGAGUCACAGUACUAAACAGACUCUGUUCUCACAAGAAGAGCAGACAGAAACACUCUACUCUGCCUUCAGGCAAAACCCUGAGUCUUUCAAGAGCUUAAGAAGAGGAAUGGAGACCUCAGAGGAACACUAUUAUGACUACCUUGAGUACGAAAACAACAGCUCCAACUUCAGCUACGAUGACUAUCAAACCAUCUGUGAGAAAGGUGACGUGCGCUCCUUCAUGAGGAUCUUCCUCCCAGCUGUUUUUGUGUUAUCUCUAGUGAUCGGUUUAGCAGGCAACGCUCUAGUUGUGGCUGUGUAUGCAUACUGCAAGCAACUGAAAACGAUGACUGACACAUUUAUACUUCACCUGGCUGUGGCAGACCUGUUGCUGCUCCUAACCUUACCCUUCUGGGCUGCCGAUGCCAUCCACGGCUGGGAACUUGGGGUCACCGUCUGUAAACUCGUGUCUGCCCUCUACACCAUUAAUUUCACCUGUAGCAUGAUGCUGCUGGCCCACAUCAGCAUGGAUCAGUACUUGGCUUUGACCCCAGGAGCCAGAAGCACAGGCAUUACGCGUGCUUUUCAAAAGAAGCAUUGCAAAAAACUCUGUUUGGUGGUCUGGACCGUGGCGUUUUUUCUCGGCAUCCCUGAUUUGGUGUUUUCAACAGUCAGAGAACUUCCUCAUAAAAAAAGCUGCAUCGCAAUGUAUCCAUCGGACAUGGCUCUCAAGGCUAAAGCUAGUUUGGAAGUGGUGGAGGUCAUAAUAGGCUUCUUGCUACCUUUAUUAGUUAUGUUGUUCUGCUACACCUGCGUAGGCCGAGCCCUACUGAAGCUCCCUCAGGAGAGGAGAUGGAGGAAGUGGAGGUCCAUCCGUGUGCUGCUGGUGAUGGUGGGAGUCUUUGUGGUCACACAGCUGCCCUACAACGUGGUCAAGUUCUGCCGGGCCAUGGACAUCAUAUACACCUUUGUGACUCACUGUGGGGUUAGUAAAGAGCUGGACAGAGCUACUCAGAUCACUGAGAGUCUGGCACUGACACACUGCUGUCUAAAUCCUGUUCUGUACACUUUCAUCGGUUCCUCCUUCAGACAGCAUGUAUUGAAGUGUGCCAAAGCCUUUGGAGACAGGGGGAGGAGGAUGGCACGUGUGAGAGAGCAACAAGAAGUGGAUAUCUCCUUGAAUUCUCAUUCACAGUCCCAAGAGACCAGCACUUUCUCCAUCUGAGCAAACUAGAGUAGAUGUUAGAGUAGAGUAGAUCCACCUGCCUGUGGAGCUUUAACUCCCACCCCCCUGCCCUUUACAAAAUAUGUACAUACAAAAAGUGAUAGCAUAGGGAUGUACAGGUUUAUUUUAGUCAAGACAUAAGGCUGUACUUUUUACCAGAAGAGUACAAUUCUAACUCAAGUAAAAGCUGAGAUGCAAAAUGUCGAUAGUUGUGUUUGUACAAAGUCCCUUUUCUAUAAUCUUUGGUUUUUAUGAAAUGAACGGAAAAAGAACAAGUCCGCGGAGUGAUAAGAGAGAUAUGCAAGUGGCGCCUGACUACUAGCAGACUGAUGAUGAGUUCAAGUCAUUCUUUAUGCUUGAACUUUGGUCGAAUCAAGACAAGAUGGCAACAGUGGUGCCUGCAGUUGUACAGCCAUAUGCACUGUGCUGAUUUGCCCCGUAUACAUUUCAGCAGAUAUUAUAGGCAGCGUUUCUGUCGACAGAACCAGACAUGCCAUUAAUUAUGAAUUUAUCAGUCUUUUACAUGCCAAAGUUAAUUUCUGCAUUAAAUAUUACACUAAAAUAGAAGCAGAAAAUCGUGCUAUUCGCACUUUCAUGAGAUCAGGUUAGCAUUUGCUGCAUGGAUAAAAAAAAGGGCUAAUAUCAGACAAAAUUGCAUUGCAGCAAAUCCUUUUUUUUAAGGUGUUCAGAAUAGAGCGAUAGAAUUCAGAAAGCAGUUAUACUAUUAUAAGAAAGGUUUUGCAUAUAGGCUAUGUCUUUAUAAUUUUUGUUCUAUUUUUUUAUUGUAGUCUAUAGAAUUAUAAAAUAAAAUGCAAGUUAUAAUCGGGCCUGUUUUAGGCUUUUCCUUAUUUUUAUAUUUUAGACAGCCAUCAAUUAAUAUGGUGAUGAAAAAAAAAAACAUUAUUCGCCUUUUUUGUCAUUGGAUGUGCCUUUAGAGAAAAAUGCACAGAUUACACAAUGAAAAAACUUUCUAUUUUCAAUUUUAAUUAUUUUGUUUUAAAGUAGCGUAGUAAUUUAAAGCUUUCUAUAUAUUUCUAUCAUGCCUUGUGAGGCAAUUCCUUGAGUUUGUGAAGCACUCCUGUUCCAAGACUGAAAGCAUUUGUUUUCUUUACUUUAUAAAAGCACAACGUCUCAUUGAUAUUGUGAGUGCACACAAAUAAAACCCUUUACAGUU